AACAACAACAACAACAACAACACCUGAAACCGCCACUACCCCGUGCAGGCUGCGAACGAUCCCAUUCGGAUACCUCAGGGGUGCAUGUCCAUCCUAAAAUCACAUUACCUUCACGACGACUGUCAUUACCCGAUCUAACGGAAUUGAGGCAAGAAUGGGACCGUCGUGAAGUGUUGCAGGUCAACACGCUUCCUCCAGGAAAGCUGCAGAUCGAUUUGCUCAAUGUACGAUCCGAUGUCACUGUCAAACGCCCGUUCAUACGACUUCGAAUGGGUCCACAACGAUAUUUCUCAACACGCUCGAAGCAGACGAGCGGAAACUGGAACGAGGGGUUCCUAUUCACCAUCUCCUUCCAUAACCAGCUUUUUGACACGAUUGAGCUGGACUUGUUUGAUAAACGUAAAGGAUGGCGCUCCAAGACUCGUCAUAUCGGAAAAGCCAAGCUACGAAUAUCAUCACUCAACGGACGCCCAGAAGUCUUUCUCACUUUUCUACCCAUGUACGAAUACCAUACCCGGCGCUAUUUGCCGGCCCAUAUCCCACUGCCACACACGUUUUUGAAGACGCACAUGCCUCGCUUCCGGACACAGGAGCAGACACCGUAUCAGGAACAGCAUCCUAGCCACCGCAAACAUUCCAUGACUCCACUUAUUGGUUCUAUCCAAGUCCGCGUCCGCUAUGACUAUCAAACGCCGCCCGACGCUUUCUCGCACGAAAUGCUAUCCCCCGUCUACAAAGAUUCUUCUGAUACCCACAGUUUCGUUAGCAGCUACAUGGAUCGGAGCACGCUCGCAUCCUCUCAUAGCGGCAAGAGCAAAGGCAGCGCUAACAGCCAGGUCACUCUCAGCAGCGUCACGACUACCAAUACCACCGUCAGCAGGGGUAGCGGACACAACACCGAUCAUAGUAGUACUCGAGACGAAACCAGCGACGACAACAACGACGAUGUUGAUAAUGACAAUGGUGACAACACUACGAGUAGAGAACGCCGUCGACCUCGCAGCAACAGCGGCAACAACCAUCGUCUAGACGAAUUCCAUGACGCAGUCGAGCCGAAACUUGUAUACAUUGACGAUCUUGCGCAAGUACCUCCUUCACUGACGACACCCAAAGCAAAUCCAACAGUAGCCAGCCAAUCGAUCGUGGAUCGAGUCUUUGUCGAGCAGCUCCAGAACAAACUGGCCCGCAGAACAGAAAGCACGCGGCGGAUGAAAACGGAACCUAGCAACAGCAGCAGCAGGACCCACAUUAGUAACGACGACGGUGGGUUUGGGUUUUCGCGUUCGGACAUGGAAAACAGGAGCCGCACUGUGCGAAGAAAGAACUCGGAAUCGAGUAUACAAAGCAACAAUUUCGGUGAUAAAAAUUUCGCAUUUCGCUGGAUCAAUGAGUCGUUUGAAGAAGUUGCCUUGGCACACCCGAGUCUGGACCGCAUGAUCGGCUUUGUUGUCAGUCCCCAGACUCGCAUCCUUGUCCGUGCAGUAGUAAAGAUCUUUACAGGCUUUGGCCAGGGGUUCAGAAUCACGGGAUUGCAGCUGCUGUCAUGUCUUUCAUUCUUGCAAAACUUCUAUGUCGACAUUCCCCGGUCACCACCCGCUGAAAAGAUAACGGAUCUUCGUUUCCUCGAUAAGGCGAAUUAUUUCUUAGGACAUGCGAUCAUUGCUUAUGGCUGGCGCGGCUUGUCCUACCUUGGAGAUUAUGCAAAAUAUCUGAAAGAUGUCAUGAAAACGCGUAACAACAAGGAGGCCAUCGUCCGCUAUCUCAAGAUCCCAACUGAAGACCUGUUGGGCUACGAAUACGGCCUGCGCAAGGGCGCUGUGUUCCAGCCCAGCUAUUUUGUGUCCAUUGACCGUGGCUAUGAGGCCAUUGUUCUCGGUAUCCGGGGAACCUGGAGCUUGUACGACUGCAUCACGGAUCUGGUGUGCGAGUAUCGCCCUUGGAAGGGGGGACUAGUACAUGCAGGGAUGCUUGCAUCUGCACAGUGGUUUUUCACACGGAUCAUACCACAGAUCUUCCAUUAUGUUCACGAACAGUGCAAAUCCGUAACCCGGCCCAUUUCAUCCUUCAUCAUCACUGGCCAUUCCCUGGGCGCAGGAACAGCCGCCUUGUUGACCAUGAUGGUAUUGGAUCACUUGCCUGAAUUGCGUCGUCUGGCAGAUAAUCCAAAUUUCCAAGUACAUUGCUACAGCUAUGCUCCUGUUGCGUCCGUUUCCAUGAACCUCAGCGAGAAAUACGCAGACCAUAUUGACAGCUUUGUAUGCCACGACGAUUUGGUCGCGCGACUUUCGUACGGUACAGCCAGCUGCGCCAAGGAGCUCAUUAUGGACGCUAUGAUUGCCGUCGAUGGCAUGGGCGGCAGUAGCAAGCUCAACUCAGAUAAAGAGGCGCGUAAGGCUUGCUUUGAUAUCAUUGAAGCACGACGACAAGAAAUCUUCAACACGACCGAGCCACGUUACCCUUUACUCUAUGUUCCUGGUCAAGUAUAUCAGUUUCGUCGACGACCACAAGACUCUUCUUCUUCUGCAACAAAGAACAGCAGCAAUGACACAACAAAACCUCGAUUCUCCUCCUCAUCCUUUGAUCACCAGCGACGACGCAAAAGCGAACAUUUGUCUUCCAACGCUGCCUUUCCGACCAGUCAUUCUGAGCCAGCUCUUCGAAAACGAUCUGGCUCUACAACAACAACAACAUCGUCAUCAUCCACAUUAUCAUCAUCUGAAACAACAACAACCGCAUUUACCUUGCAUAAGAGCUCACCAAUGAUAUCCGAAGAGCUGCUGAUAUCCAAGACUUGUCUUGAGGAUCACAUGCUUGUCACGUACCUGAAUGCGUUUCAGGCCGUGCGGCAAGAUUGUAUGCGCGAGCUCCGUCAAAAGAAAAACCGUUCAUCCUCUACAUCAUCUACCGGCACCUCAACGACGACGACUACGACGACGACGACGCCACCAUCCUCAGUCCCUAGCAUACUUGUCGAAGAUCCCGACGGCAAGGUCGAGCCAGCCACACCAACACCCUCUUGUGCUAUUGCUGCCCAAUCAUAAAAAGACUUUACACACAUACACAUACACGACCAAAAAUACCCAUAGUACGACAAUACUAAUAGUAGUAAUAGUAAUAGCAGCAGCAGCAGCAGUAGCAGUAGUAGGCUAGUUAUCUUUGUUAUCUUUGUCAUUUUUAUCAUCUUUUUCAUUAUUGUUAUCGUUGUC